CGAAGAAGAGGCGACCAUGUUGAUUUAAAGGAAGAAGAAACACAAUAGAAGAGAUUUAUAUCCAGAAAAAAAAUCAGUGAUUGAAGCUUAUUGUAAAGGAAAUAGUUGAUUGACCGCGCAGUGAGUGUUCCUUGCAGAAAAAUAAAAUAAUAAAGGUGAGGAGUCUGAGUUGUUGGCUUUGACUCUGAGGAGGCAGCGGGCGAUCAGGCCACAACUCUCACACUUCAGACUGAGCUGAAGACCUGUGGUGUCGAAGGAGAGAAGGUCAAACACCUGGAGGAGAAAGGAAACUCACACCCCCCACACACACUGAAGACUCAGCAAGGGUGGAAAGCUUUUUGGGCUUUGGACUCGGUUACCCCUUGUGUGAUUUUUGAUUUCAGGAUUCAUUUUUUUUGGAGUGACUUAUACCCACACAGUGGAAAUAAACAGAAAGCAUUACGGACUAUAAUUUUGGGGAAAUACUUGUACAAAGUUGGGCUUUUUCUUUUUCCUUUUUUUGUCAAGAACAGGGAUAUUGAGCAACUCUAAUGGACUCAAAAGUGGAAAUAAGAAAUACUGUUCAAUUUACAAAGAGAAAUUUAAGUAUUGAAGUAAGAUUAUAUUGAAGAUCCCCAAGUUCAGAUUGCCUUAGUUGUUCUGUUUCAGGACUUGAACUGCUUCGAUACUUGUUCACAUAUAAUUUUUCUAUAUUGUGGACAAGUAUAUUCAUGCAUAUGAAUGCAAAUUUCUCUUCAUUUUGAAGAGCUCUUGUGUAAAAAGGUUUUUUUUUGGUUGUUGUUUUGUGUACGUCAGUCACUCUGUUGUUGAAGGGGACCGAACUGCACGUACGUGUGUAUAUGUAAAUACUACGAAUCCACUUCUGUCGUCAGCUUUGGACUUCAAACAAAAAAAGAGAGAGAAUAUCGUUUGUUAAUGCUUUAUUAAACUUUUUUACAUCUGAAGAGAAUUUUUAAAAAUUAAACCUAAGACGCAAAAAUCUAAUACUUCAAAGGACAGAAAAAAAGAAGACAAAAACAGGGAAAAUGGCAACCGCCAGAACAGAAAAUGUGGGCCCGGUCGUCAUGGGACUGAAUAAGCAGAACGGGCAGCUCAGAGGGCAGACCAAACCAGCUGCAGUCCAGCCAGCACCAACAACUCAAGGAAAGACUUUGGGUGCUCCCCAGAAAGCAGGAGGAGCCUCUCAGGACGGGGGUGGUAUUAAGUUUGGAGAUGACUGGAAAAAGAGCCUACAGCUCCCUCCCAAAGACAACAGGGUCAAAACCUCAGAUGUGACGUCCACAAAGGGGAAUGAGUUUGAAGAUUAUUGUCUCAAAAGAGAACUCCUGAUGGGCAUCUUUGAGAUGGGUUGGGAGAAACCUUCCCCUAUUCAGGAGGAGAGCAUUCCCAUCGCCCUGUCUGGACGGGACAUUCUGGCCCGAGCCAAGAAUGGAACAGGGAAAAGUGGAGCCUAUCUCAUCCCUCUGCUGGAAAGGAUAGACCUGAAAAAGGACCACAUACAGGCCAUUGUCAUGGUGCCCACUCGUGAGCUGGCACUGCAGAUGAGCCAGAUCUGCAUCCAGCUCAGCAAACACCUGGGAGGAGUCAAAGUCAUGGCCACCACCGGGGGCACCAACCUGAGAGAUGACAUCAUGCGUCUGGAUGAGACUGUGCAUGUGGUCAUUGCCACGCCUGGCAGGAUCCUGGACUUGAUAAAGAAGGGAGUGGCAAAGGUGGAUAAAGUCCAGAUGAUGGUGAUGGAUGAGGCGGAUAAGCUGCUGUCUCAGGAUUUUGUGGUGCUUAUUGAAGAUAUUAUUAGUUUCCUGGCCAAGAACAGACAGAUCCUGCUCUACUCUGCAACCUUCCCCAUCAGUGUGCAGAAGUUCAUGGCCAAGCACCUUCAGAAGCCCUAUGAGAUAAACCUGAUGGAGGAGCUGACUCUGAAGGGCAUUACUCAGUACUAUGCCUACGUCACAGAGAGGCAGAAAGUUCACUGCCUCAACACACUCUUCUCCAGGCUUCAAAUCAACCAGUCAAUCAUCUUCUGUAACUCCACUCAGAGAGUGGAGCUCUUGGCCAAGAAGAUCACUCAGCUGGGCUACUCCUGCUUCUACAUCCAUGCUAAAAUGAUGCAGGAAUACAGAAACCGUGUGUUCCACGACUUCAGAAAUGGACUGUGCAGAAAUCUGGUGUGCACUGAUCUGUUCACCAGAGGAAUUGACAUCCAGGCGGUAAACGUGGUUAUUAACUUCGACUUCCCGAAGAACGCAGAGACUUACCUCCAUCGUAUUGGAAGAUCAGGGCGGUUUGGACACCUGGGCUUGGCCAUCAACCUGAUCACAUCGGAGGAUCGCUUCAACCUGAAGGCCAUUGAAGACCAGUUGGUGACCGACAUUAAGCCCAUUCCCAGCAGCAUCGACAAGAGCCUCUAUGUGGCCGAGUACCACUCAACUAGCGGGGAUUGUGACGUGGAGGAGGUCGAGGAGAAGCGCCAACAGGACAGCACCUAAAACAGGACGCUGAGACACACCGGGCUUUUGCACAGACAUCAGCGCUUGCACGCAGGCUUCAGGCAACUCUUCAUUUUCACAUUCGUCACUUGUUUUCAGAGCCUGUGGAAUGGAUGUCUUUAAAAAAAAAAAAAAUCAAACAAAAAAAGAAACAAAAGACUGUUUUUAUUUUGGAGCAUUUCUUUAGCUUUUCCUCAACAAGAGCUGCCUCAUUAUUUUAUACAUUUAAAAGUUUAAAGUGUGCUUUGCACCAAGCUGGGACCGUGAGAAAGCUUAACAUUUCCUAGAAUUGGAGAAAUGAGCUGUUUUGAACCCGUCGCCUUUGGAGACAGUUUUCACUUCCAGCAGCAAAGUUGGUCUAUUUUGGGUUUUUUUGUUUUGUUUUGUUUUUUGUUUUCUUUUUUUUUUUUAAAGUGGUGCACUUACACCAGCCAUCACUCUGUCCACUCACACUGCUGUGGUCACUUAAGUGCCUUACUUGACUCCCGUGUGCACUCAUCCAUUCAUAGCCUGCUGCCGACUGUCACGCAGCAGAGUACGAGCACAAAGACGAAUCAAUAGUAACCCGAGUUUAUUGAAACUUUAGUCAUUAUGCAAAGGAAAAAGGACAACUCACACACACUGCUCUCCCGCUGAGAGGUGUGCAGAAACAUGGCUCAAAACCAUCCUGAAUGUGAACGUUUAGUUUUAAUGUGAACGUUGCAAUAAAAAAAAAAAAAGGGCAGCUUUAUUUAAAUACUACGUGACUGUUUUUCCCUUCCACCAUGAAUAAAACAUGAGCAGAGCUAAUGUGAGAAGACGGCCCCUGUACUGAUUCGUAGAGUAUGUUGGCCUGCAGAUACACACAAGCAGCAUAGGAGAUGAAUAGCAGCUUCAUUAAAUUAAAGCUGUUGUUCUUUUACAGUUAAGAAAAAUAUAUAUAUAUUGACUGGUAAAUAGUGUAAAUCUAUUGGUCGCUGUAGCUGCUGGAUGAAAAUAUGUUCUCUUUUCCUGAAAAGGAUGAUGCAUUCAAGACUCAUUCAAAACGGCUGAUAAAUGAGCUUCAGCAAUGUCCACGAUUGGUGCAAAACAACACUUUUAACUUUUUCUUUCCCCACACAGCUUCUGUUUUUUGUUUUUUGUUUUGUUUUUUAAUCGAGGAAACACACGGUGGAAAUAUGUUUUUAAGCCCUCAUGACAAAAUUAACGUCAGUGAAUGUAUUAGUUGCCAAUAAUAGAAUAAUAGCUGUGCAGCCCAGUGGUUUAAUGCCAAGCUCUUCACGUUGCUGCUGCAGUAGAGGCUCCGCUUCAGGCUUUGCUUUAAUGAAAUAUAAACUGGAUGUGAGCUGGUUUCAUGAACCACAGAGGAAUGAAACCCGCUCAGUCUUUAAGAGACCACAUAUAAAGUCAAUUGGAAACAACUAAUUUUUUUUUUUUCUCUCGUGCAGCAACAUUUUUUUUUCUCUCCACAGCGUGCACAUUAUUAUUUUUUUUUAUUAUUUUUUUAAAGUGACAAUUUUUGUGAGGGGUAGAUUUCUUUUAAGCAAACUUGUAGCAUCUUUGAACAGGCAGCUGAUUUUUUUUUUUUUUUUUUUUUCGCCCCCUCACAGAUCAUCACUAAUUAUUAAAAAGAGAAAUUUUGCUUUUUAAGAUUUAUUUUUGUUGCUCUAAGCAGUUUGGGGGGUGGGGACAGGGUGAGGCUUUAGCACUGGGUAACGUUUUUGGGGUGAGUUUUGCAGAAGCCAAGUGUUUUAUCAGAUGCUUACCGAGCAUCUUGAAUUAUCUCUCUGGGACUUAAAGCAUAGUCAAAAAGCAUUGAUUUUGUUUUAUUUGUAUUUUUUUUUUUUCUCCCCCAGAAGUUGGGGGGAAAAAAAACAAAACUUGUUUAUGUUUUGAGUGCCAGAGAGUUACAACAAACAAACAAGAGUUUGUGGAAAGUGAUGAAGCACUGUGAUCUCCUUGAACCUGUUCAACGUUUGUGUGAUGGAAGAUCAAAGUGCCGUGAUUUUUAUUUUAUUUUAUUUUUUUCCCCCCAGUAGGGCAAUCUUUAUACGAGGUAUUCUGAAUCAUUUUGAGGAAAGAAAAUGGUAAAUGAUUCAUUGUUUACACUCGUUGUUUACAGUUAUAAAAGGAAAAAGAAAAAAUGAAAAUGCUUUGCUUCAUUGGUGGAAGAGGAAGUAGACUUGUAUUGUUUCCUUUUGUUUUCCUUGAAAUAGAUUUUCAGGAUUUACAUUGAAGCAAAACCAAAAAAGUUGAAUGUCGUAUGAGCGAGUGUGUGUUGACUGAUCUGGGAUAUCUGUGUGUGUGCGUGUGUGUGUCUGUGUGUGCAUGUGAGUUGAUUGAUCUAGGAUGUGUGUGUGUGUGUGUGUGUGUGUGCGAGUUGAUUGAUCUGGGGUGUGUGUGUGUGUGUGUGUGUGUGUGUGUGUGUGUGUGUGUGUGUGUUUUAAAGACUGUGUGUGCAGUUGAUAAGGAGUCAUCGUGUUUACAUGCAGCCUCAUCCGAACAGCUUUCUCUGUGGAUAAAUCCAACAGGUUCAGUUGAUUUGGAGCCAAAUUUGUUACUCAUGCAUGAUUUUAAAAGAAUCAAACUGACCUGUUGUUGUAGCUCGAGGCUGCGUGUACGCGAGCUUAUCGUGCAGACUGUGUUUUGUUGGUCAAGUACGAUGUCUUAAGUAUCGAUGUGGGUGUUUACAGUUGUCAGGGAUGUGUUUUUUGUUUUUUCUUUGUUUUUUUUUCCUUUUAUUUUUUUCCAUCUCCCGCUUGCUCCAGAAGUUGAUGUUUGUGGACACAAAAAAUAAUUUCUAAUGAGAUUUUCUUUUUGUUUUAUUUUUUUUUUUCCUUCAGUGGUUUGUGUUCCUACUCACUUCCCUGACAGUCAGUCCAUAAACUCCUCUGUGACACAGAAAAUUAGAUAUUUAGCUGAACACCCGAGAUCUUUGUGAAGUGGUUGGAUUUUUACUUUAGGGAUGAGAUGAAAUGAAUCUGCCAGCUGUUUCUUAGCUAUAUAUUUGCUGUUUGCGCAGUCAGUUGUAACAUACUUAUACUCUAAAGUAACGAGCGCGGCCUCAUUUCGACUCAGUGGGAUGUUUUGAAAUGGGAGGGAAAAAAAGAGCCGUCGUAACCGAUAGAAACUACAGCAUUAAGUCCAUGUUGUUGUUUUGUCGAGCUUAACCUGUCACAGAGGAAGUUAUGCUGAAUGUGGUCAUGAAUGUUGGUUUUUGUUGUCGUCAUAAAGUCUUUGUAUGUGAGUGUUUGCACUCUUUAAAUGGAGUGCUGACAGGGGGCGGGAGGCAGGGAUAUUAUCAGAAACAUAUUCAAAGUUAAAAUCAGAGAAAGGGUGAGGACUUGGAUACUAUAAUGGAAUUUCUUUUUUUCCCUGCUGGUGUAAAACAAAAGUUAACAUCUUAAUGUGGACUAUUAGUGUUAAAGGCUUAAAUGCCGCUAAUAUUUCUACCGUGGAUUUGCUGCACUAAAAUAGACUCGACCACUGCUGCUGGAGGUUUUUGCCAGAUUUUAAUGACACACUCAGCAGAUUUGUUGUAAGCUGAGCAGCAGUCCCCCUGCAGCUUCGAUGCAGAACAGUGGCGGUAAAAUUAAAAGUAGAUGAAGACAAAGUCGCAUGAGUAGAAGUGGGUGUUUAUGAUCUAAAUUGGCAGAUAAAUGUUGGUUUAAAUUAUCCUUUUGUUGAAUUGUUCCCCUUCCUUGUACUUACUGGUACUUUUUUUUGGCCCUGUUUCCCUAAAACCAUGACUAGAUUGGACUUGAACUGGUAUAAAACAAGAUUCCAUGUUUCCUCCCUCUGUCCCAUAAUUUCACCCAUUUUUGUUUUCAGUGAAAUGGUUUUGAUUGGAUGACAUUUAAAAACAUGUCGUUCUUCCAUUGUUACUUUUUAAAAAUGCUUUUGGGUUUCUUUGCCUACAAAAUGCAUUAAAGAGGCACAAGGUAUAUUCCAGCAACUCUGUCCUCAAUUGUUGUAACAUGGAAACGCAUAUUCAGGGCCUAAUAAGAAAUUCAAUAAAUUGACCUGAACUUUA